AUGUACGUCUACUAUGUAUACUCUGCACUGCCCAUGUCAGUGAUUCAAUGCGCCCCGGCCGAGAAUCUUGAUGUUGCCAUCCUGCUUCCUGGCUCUUGCAUGGGCUUGAAGUAA